UUAAAAUUGCAAGUAACAGAAACUGGAAUUUCCCUCUUCAACCUCACCGACCUGCUAAAAGACAACCUAACUUCUUCAACCGACAACUGUAGCCGACGAAUUCACCAACCGAAACCAGUCCACCACCACCACUCUCACAAAUCGCAGCAAAAACCUCCGAUUUCUUUAGUUUAUCUUCAGAUGAAAAGACACCAAACUCCAUACUCUCUGGAUCGAAGAAGAUGGCUAACGCCAUUAGUCGUACUCGCUUUACUAUUUCUUAUACUUAUUCUCUCUAUAACUUUCUCGGAAUCCCCUUCUCCGGCCGAUAAUUCUUAUCACAUAUCGAAAUCUAGCAUACCGAGCCAAAAUUUUGGUGACCAAUUAGGGCUUCCGACAUUGCCGAGAUUCGCGUACUUGAUUUCCGGCACCAAAGGAGAGGGUGCUCGCGUGAAGCGACUGCUUCAGGCGGUUUAUCAUCCAAGAAAUUACUAUCUUCUCCAUCUCGAUCUAGAAGCAUCGGAUGCGGAGAGGCUUGAGCUUGCUAAGUACGUGAAAUCGGAAGGUGUGAUUCGGGUGUUUCGGAAUGUGAUGGUGAUUGGUAAGGCAGAUUUGGUAACUUAUAAAGGACCAACUAUGAUUGCGAGUACGCUUCAUGCUAUUGCGAUUUUGUUGAAGCAGGCCUCUGAUUGGGACUGGUUUGUUAAUUUAAGCGCUUCGGAUUAUCCUCUAAUGCCUCAAGAUGAUAUCUUGCAUAUUUUUUCAUACUUGCCUAGGGAUCUGAACUUCCUGGAGCACACAAGUAGUAUUGGUUGGAAAGAGUACCAAAGAGCGAGACCUAUAAUUAUAGAUCCGGGAUUAUAUCAUUCGAAGAAAUCUGGUGUUUUCUGGGCAAAGGAGAAAAGAUCCUUGCCUGCUGCUUUCAAAUUAUUUAUGGGAUCUGAAUGGGUGAUGCUGACAAGGUCUUUUCUUGAAUUCUGUGUUUGGGGAUGGGAUAAUCUCCCUCGCACUCUUCUUAUGUAUUAUACAAAUUUCCUGUCAUCUCCAGAAGGUUACUUCCAUACUGUUGUCUGCAACCAUAAGGAUUAUCAAAACACUACUAUUAACCAUGACUUGCAUUACAUAAAAUGGGACAAUCCUCCAAAGCAACAUCCCAUAUCUCUAGCUUUGGAGCAUUUCAAUGACAUGGUUGAAAGCGGAGCCCCUUUUGCUCGUGAAUUUGCUAAGGAUGAUCCUGUUCUUAACAAAAUUGAUGAAAAGCUCUUGAUGAGAUCUGAUGGAGGGUUUACUCCAGGGGGUUGGUGUGCAGGCAAUACUGUUUUAGGCAAAGAUCCUUGUGUUGCCUAUGGGAGUCCAGAUGCUAUCAAACCAACUCUAAGUUCUAAGAGACUAGAGAAGCUAAUUUUGACACUUGUUGAUUCUGAAAAUUUUAGAUCUAAACAGUGUAAAUAAGUUUGUAAAACGUUUGAUUGUGUAUAGUCGAUUUGUUAUUCUGUUUUGUUGGUUAUAUCUCUACUAAUGGUUGUUAAAUUA